AUGAUUGGUGGAGCCGCGUCACGUGGGUGGCCCCCGACCGGAGUUUCCACGACAGCUGGCAGCUGUGCGAGCCGAGCGCGUCGCUGGUUUAUGCCCCAAUUCUGCCCACAUCCCCCCUGAAAACAUCCGUAGGCAGGCGACAUGGGAGACAAGAAGAGCCCGACAAGGCCGAAGCGGCAGCCGAAGCCUUCCUCCGACGAAGGCUACUGGGACUGUAGCGUCUGUACGUUUCGGAACAGCGCCGAGGCUUUCAAGUGCAUGAUGUGCGAUGUGAGAAAGGGGACAUCCACACGGAAGCCCCGUCCAGUCUCUCAGUUGGUCGCGCAGCAAGUAACCCCGCAGUUUGCCUCCCCCACGCAACCGAAGAAAGAAAAAAGAGAGAAAACGGAUAAAGAAAAGAAUGAAAAGGAGCCAGCGGUCAAAAAAAACAGCCAGAAGAAGAUGAGGCCAAGAUUAAAAAACGUGGACAGGAGCAGCGCACAGCACUUGGAAGUCACAGUCGGAGACCUGACUGUUAUUAUCACGGACUUUAAGGAGAAAACAAAGCCACCAGCGUCCUCCAGCGCGGCGUCGGCAGACCAGCACAGCCAAAGUGGCUCCAGUUCCGACAACACCGAGCGAGGUCUCUCCCGGUCGUCCUCGCCCCGGGGAGAGGGAUCGUCAAUCAACGGGGAAUCCCACUAGCCCCGCCCCCCACCCAGACCCACCCCACACCCCUGUUACUUUAGUCAUUACGCAAUAUACGCAUGUCAUAAACUUUUUUGCCAAGAUAGACCACAAGUCUCAAUUUCAGGUGAGGUUAGACCACAUGUUUGUGACAUGCAGAUGAUGAGGUGGACAUAUUGGAAGUCUUCCACUAUGUGUUCUGUCCUGGUGGGUUUGUUUUUAACGAGACCGGUUUCCUGUCAAGAUCAUAGUAAGUGAACUUUCUCGCCCUUUGUUCAUGACUUUAAGAAACGAGGGUAUUGUCUGGGGAACAAAUUAGAGUAUGAAUUGUAUAGUGCCAUGUUAAUGUGGUAGUAUUUUACAUAAAGUCAGUGUUAUAUUGUCAAUACACUCUUACUCGAUUUCUUUCUCCAAAAAAAAUGUUGUGGCAUGAAAUGGGUCAGAGUUUUAAACAUUUACAAUAGAAUAUGCAUUAUAGCAGAUAAUGGGAAAAGGGUAUUUGAGGUGUACAGUGGAACUGAUAACUGUGAGAACGACAUAGCUACUUGUUCUCAGUGGCUUAAUACACCUGCAGGUACGUGGUGUGUGGCUUAACUAAGAAAGAGAAUAUUCUUUAAGGACACUUGUGUAUGGUUAGGCCAAUAUCUUACAGCACAUGUCAGUUUUGUUUAAUUUUCCCACCCCUGGGUAUACCAGUCUGUGCUGUUAAAUGUGUAUGAACAUCUCAAUUAAUUACGUUGUUUUACUGUCUGAAGAAAUGUUUAUAAGUAAAAGAAUGAAAUUAUGAAUUUGUUGUUAAGAGGUUGACCUCUGUCUGCUUCUUGUUCAUUUCAUAGACGCUAGCUUGUCAUUAUUUUACAGUGGUUUAUAUUAUAGAAAUUAUCACAAAAUAAAGAGAAACUAGACUCCUUAGUAAAACAGAAA